UACGGUUGCUAGCUAAUGGCUAACUAACGGAGAUAAAGUGUAAUUAAAGACCACAGCCGAUGCCGAAAAUGGAUUCUAUGAGUUUUAGCUGCGGAUGAACGCCUCGAAAUGUUUGUAAAGCCUACAUUCACCAAGUAAAUGUUGCGAGAGUGAGAAUGCUCACAGGAAGUACAAACGCUACUGAAUGAGAGCACAAGUCUUUGCUGUCAGAAGGUGUUUUGAAGAUUUCAGGCACUCACAUGAAUUCGAGGGAGGCAGCCAAGAUGGGGGACAUCUUGGCAACUGAGGCGGACCUCCUUGGGAUGAUUAAAGAGUAUCUCAAGUUUGAGGAGUUUGAAGACACUGUUCACAGUUUUGACAAGGACUGCCAAAGCAAAGGGAAGCUUGUCUCAAAGCCUCGAGGAAGUAACCUCAGAGACUCAAAGACUCGCGUUGUUCAGAAAGACCUCCUUUGCUCUUUUGAUGAUGGAGACCACAAGGUGUUCUUUGAACUGUGGACAGAGAAUAUUCCCUCAGAAGUAAAAGACACAGAUGCUGUGGCCCUGAGCUUGGAGUUCUACCUUCAAAUUCACUUUACCAUCUACCCACUGAGGAGGCACCCUAGUAGACAGGACCGGGCUGAGUUUGAGGAGAGGAUUUCCUACUUCAAGCAGUACCUGGAAACUCGGGGAGCAGCACUGAGCCAGACCACAGAGUUUUUGUCUUACUAUGCUUUGCCGUUUGUUCCCAACCCCACCGUCCACCCCUCCUUCAAAGAUCUUUUUCAGGAUUCCUGGAUACCACAGUUGAAGGAUAAGCUGGAGCAGUUCCUGUCUGUGACACUGAAGCCGUCCAACACCCCGAGGCUGAUGACCUUAUAUAAGGAGGGUGGAAGGAGUACUAAAGAGGCUAUGCAGCAGUUACAGCUCCAGCUGGUUGAAUCCGACCGGCGCAUAACAAGCUACAUGCGGAAGUUCAGCAAGAUGCAGGCCGACUACCAAAACCUGAUUGGAAUCACUGCCGAGCUGGUCGACUCAUUGGAGGCCACUGUCAGCGGAAAAAUGAUCUCCCCUGAGUACCUGCAGAGUGUAUAUGUUCGCCUGUUCAGCAGCCAGAUGAGGCAGAGCGUGGUCCAGAGCACUGACUUCACCAGGCCCGGCACCGGAUAUUACUCUAUGAGUCCCUAUGAUGAUGGCUAUGCCUCUUCUAUGCUGCGAGCAUCCAUUGCACCACAAAGACCUAAGGACGUACCAAUGUUGCCCUCAUUAGACUACGAGAAGCUGAAGAAAGACCUGCUUGAAGGUGCUGAUAGACUCAAGUCUCUGCUGCUUCAGGCUCUGCGCUGGAGACUGACUCGCUCACUCCCUGGUGAACAGAGAGACACCGUGCUGCAGGCCUACAUCAGCAAUGAUCUGCUGGAGCGCUACAGUACGAAACAGAAAACCGUGCUUCAUUUACUGAGAUCAACAAACGACAUCGUCCGCCAGUACAUGGCUCGUCUCAUCAAUGCGUUCGCUUCCCUUGCAGAGGGUCGCGUUUACCUCUCCCACAUUCCCAUUCUUUUGAAACGUCUGACGGAGGUGCUCAGGAAGGAGGAUAAAGAGUCCCUGACGAGAGAAAAUGUUCUUGUGGCUCUGCAGAAACUCAGCCUCAGGAGAAGCCAGCAGACAGCCAUGAUCGCAGAUGAUCUGAUUGGCUGGCUGGUGGAUGAACUGCAGGACUCAGACUGCCUCAGUGACAACACUCUGGAGUACUCUGCGGCUCUGCUUAUGAACCUAUGUCUGCGAACAAAAGGAAAAAGGAAGUGUGCAGAGAACGCCAAGCAUGUGCUAAAGGUCCUGACUGACCUCCUCGGACAUGAGAACCACGAGAUCCGACCAUAUGUGAAUGGAGCCCUCUACAGUAUCCUGUGUAUUCCCUCCGUGCGACAGGAAGCCAAAGAGAUGAGUGUCGAGGAGAUUCUCCGCUGCUACAGCAAAGAGGAGAACCCGGACCUCAACAGACAGUUUGAGUUCAUCAUUAAACAGCUAAACUCAGCUGAGGAGGAGGGGCCAGAGUCGGAUGACGAAGAGGAAGAGGACGACAAUGACGAAGAUUUAAUGGAGACGGACCUUGACAAAGAGGAAGUCCUCCAACCACAGCACAGGGAACUGGCUGGAGAAUGUCUGCUCACCACCGAGUACCUGGGAAUUAUGACCAACAUGGCAAAAGUGAAGAGAAAGUCAACCCCUCUGCCACAGCCAAGUGUUGACGAGCCCCUACAACGGCCAGUCACCCCGAGUUCUCAUCGUAAUGUCAGCGCAGGGGAGUAUCGCGCCAACACUGAAGGAGGUGAGAGUAGCAGGGACAGGGAAUACCCUCUGAGCAGACAGAAGAGUGAGGAAGGAAGCCUACCUCCUUCCCGAUACAACUCCCGACCUCCGACACGCUCUGGCAGUCGCCCCAGUACUGCCGACUCCCUACGUCACAGCAUCGACUCGGAGUGUGGGCGGCUGUCCCAGGAGUCGGAGUUGGAGCGGCCAUAUGAAGGCAGAGCCAGGAAAGGUCGUUCCCAGGAGGAACACAAUGGACACUCUUCCAGUGGUGAUUACAUCCCUGAAUUUGCCAGCCAGCCCAAGAUUCCCCGCACACCUGACACAGCAGCCAACCAGAACAGCGCUCAGCGGAGCCGAGGCUCGGUGCUGGCGCCCCAGUUUUCACAGUCGGAGCCGCAGCAGAGCAGCCGGCCUGGCUCUGCCAACUCCGCCGGAGGAGGAGGAAACGGAGGCAGGCAGUCAAAGAGGAGGUGAAGAGCGAGCUGUCACCAUGGGGUAGCACUAUCUCCCCAGGAGCAUCAGGCUUCCUGUAACAUCAUCCUCCCAGGUUGUGAUCAGGGUCAGGGCAGCAGAGAUGGUUGAGGAUCAGCAGCGAGAGGAGGAGCAGGAGUGUGCGGAACAAUGUGUAGGAUUGUGGUUCUGCAUUUUUUUUUCUUCUCCCCCCUCCCCUCUUCGGCUUCAGCACAGACGACUUCUGUAACACAAUAUGAAGUCAGACAAUAAUCACAACCCCCAAGCCAUGCAGUCUUGUGAACCUCGUAGCCUCAUUUAGCCCUGGAUGUCUGCAGUCUUUCCUCAAGGUGAUACUUGGCACAUGUGCAACAUCCUCCAGCCAUGGCAUAGUGUCUGUACAACAAGAUGCAAUUAUUCUAAGUCAGACGCUUGAUUUCAGUUGGGGAAGUCCAAGACAAAUAUAUAUAUAUAGAAAUAUAUAUAUGUGUAUAUCACUUUCCUCUUGGUUUUUCUUCAGGCGUCCUGUUUCUUGUCAUUUUCUUUACCUUGGUAGGAAUAGACAGACUUCCAGAAAUGCAUAUUUUUGUGCACAACUCCUCAGUAUGUGUGCAUAAGUCUGAGCAUAAGCUUAAGCAUUUAGACUUUAGCAUAGUCAGAGUUUAGCUACAUGUAAAUGCAGGAUUUAAAGUAUAAAAAUACACUUUUUAUAGGACUUUAUUUGUCUUUAAACUAACUGCAGAUAAUUUUAAAAAAGCCAUCAAAGAAAGUCCGAUACGAAAGUAAUUUUUUCAAAGUUCUCAUCUUGAUUGUACAAAUCAAUACCCUUCUGAAUUUCACAAUGUACACUAUAUAUUGAUUUUUCAAUGGGGUGAAACAUAUCUUUCCGCAUGAAUAAAUGAUUGUACCAUACAAGCACAUCGCUCAUAUCAAAGUAGCUGCUCCGGGUUAACUGAUGCUCCAGGAAAAGCACAGGUCCUGGGAUGACUUUGUCACGCUAGUGCAUGCUUUUAACUUCCAUUGAGACCUUAUUGCUUUUAAUACCCACUACCGUGCAUACAUCUGGCAAAAAACUUGAAUUUGUGUGAAUGUCUUAAAGUACACAUUGUUUGCAUUGUGCUUUUGCACCGUUUUCAGGUGUGGUGAUGUGUAUUUAUGUGAAAUGUUCCAUUUUUGUUGUAAUGCAUUUUGAUAGAUGAUACUUUUUACAUGUUUUUAAAUACAUUUGUGACAUGUCA